GAGACCAACGAGAUCGCCAACGCCAACUCCCGGCAGCAGAUCCGGAAGCUGAUCAAGGAUGGGCUGAUCAUCCGCAAGCCCGUGACCGUGCACUCGCGGGCUCGCUGCAGGAAGAACACGCUGGCCCGGCGCAAGGGCCGGCACAUGGGCAUCGGUGAGUGCUGCAUCCCCUGGAGUGGGGGAGAUCCCAGCCCCACAGCUCCUGGGGAGCCGUCCCUGAGCUUGGGACAGCGACAGGAGCCCCUGGCUGGUCCCUGGGAAGGCAGAGCUGGGCAGGAUUGAUGUUCCCUCCCCAGGUACCACAGCCUGUACCUGAAGGUCAAGGGUAACGUGUUCAAGAACAAGCGGAUCCUCAUGGAGCACAUCCACAAGCUGAAGGCUGACAAAGCCCGCAAGAAGCUCCUGGCGGACCAGGCGGAGGCGCGGCGCUCCAAGACCAAGGAGGCGCGGAAGCGGCGCGAGGAGCGGCUGCAGGCCAAGAAGGAGGAGAUCAUCAAAACGCUCUCCAAGGAGGAGGAGGCCAAGAAGUGACCGCGGGCUGUGCCCUGCACGGAGCGUUCGCCAUCCUCAGCCCCCCAAUAAAACCGACUGGAUCCUUC